ACUCAUCUCAACCUACAAUGUCUGCCGAAGCCGAGUCAUCCUCUCAAGCCCUAGAGCGGUAUCUCAGCGAGAAGUUAUCCUCACUGUCUCUGCAAGUCCCUGAUGACGAUGUCGAAUACAUGGCCAGGUUCGUUGAAGAGGAGGGCCUUGAAAGGGACGAGAAGAUUGAAGGUGUAAGAGGCAUGCUAGAGGGUGUCGUCGAAGAGGGAUCUCUCCCGGAGUCAGGCAUAGACGAAGCAUUGGGUCAUGUCGUCGAUGAAUGGUCAAGGCUGAAAGAAGAGGAAGAAACAAAGAGAGCUGAAGCAGAGGAACGUGAGAAGCUCGCCGAGCCUCCAGAUCUCAAGAGCAUCCUCGCAAGCAUGACGCCUGAAGAGCAUGCAGCUGCACAACGGGCUGCACUCCUUCGAGAAUACGGAUACGUCGAUGACGCAGAUGCGCUAGGUGGAUCAGGAGAAAGAGAUGGCAAUGCUCCUCCGAAAGGAGAAUCAGCUCGCGCAGCUCAUGAAAAGGCAGCAGCGGACGAGAGGAAAGCUUUGAUAGAAAAGGCUCUGGCCCUAGAUGGCAAGAAGAAGAAAUAUAAAAAGCAACAAGAAGUCGAUCUCAUGGCGCCUAAUUUGAAUCGCGACAAAGUCGCUUACAGGGCUCAGAUGGAGCGUGAGGCGGCGAAGAAUGCAGCGCAGCAGAAGCGAGACAGGGACAAGGCUGCGCUCGACAAGCAGAGGAACGAUGCUGCGAAAGCCAAAGCAGAUAAGCAGAAGAAGGCUGCCAAACAGGAACGAAGAGCCUAAUCAGCAUAACUUCCAAGACCAA